UUAUGUGGUGAUAUCACCUACAAGAUUCGGUACGCGAAUGCGGCGAACUAUAGCGAAAAAGACGGAAAAGUUUGUAUGCUUUGUUUUUAAAUAUCGUGAAACGUCGGUAAACUAUUAAUUAAUUUAAAUUAACGAGGGUCAAUAAUGCUUUUAACAUGACACGUUUGUGAAACACGAAAUCCAUCGAAAGCAAUAAAAUAAUAAUGUGUGAGAAUAAUUGAUUGCGAUUAGGGUUGGCGUGCACACUAUUAAACGACGGAUGUUACGAAGAACAUUUUCUUUAUAAUGUGGUGGUUCUUAAUAUUACACACACCACUUAUGGUCUUAUCUUACCCUCGAUUUGAUCCGACCGCAACUAUGCAAAACGCAUUGGUACCAGCGGACGCCGCAGUUUCUUCUGUUAUUUACCGUUUACGUGCCACCGAUACCUCAUUUGAUUUUCCUUUAGAUUUUCUUUUAGAGGGCGAUAGUACAAUUGUGUCUUUAGAAACGUUAAAUUGCAGUCGAUUUAAUUCGGUCUGUCAAGCUAAUGUUGUACUGCAGAAGAAGUUGGAACCGGGCAGAUUUUAUGAUUUUAUUGUAGCCUUGAGGAACCCAAGAGGUAUGACAGUAAGGAUGAGGUGUUCUUUUCGGGCAACAAAUGCCACGACCCCCAUUGCUGACAUAUUUCCUGGAGCACCGUCGUUAAUUCAAGUGUCAGAGGCUGCGAAGCGAAAUACGGAACUAGGUGUCGUUAUAGCACGCGGAAAUCCGGCCCGAGAAAAGGGCGCGUUUGUAGAAUUGUGGGGAUCGUCUUUGUUUGGUCUCAGACAACGUCUUAUUAAUGAAAGGGAUGCUGAAGCGGCAAUUAUACUCAUUGGGUCUUUAGAUUAUGAAACUCAAAGAUCGCAUCACAUUACCGUUUUGGCCAAUGAUGCAUGGACCGAGCCUGGAAAUGAUUCACGCAACAUCGCAGCAUGGCCGUUAUUAAUCGCAGUUUUGGACGAGCAAGACACCCCGCCAGUUUUCACAUUGGCCCCCCCGGUAACUGUGCUGGACCCAAAUAUAAAACCGGGCGAUUAUAUUUUAACAGUUCAUGCAGAAGAUGGCGAUCGUGGAAAUCCGAGAGCCAUCCGUUAUGGUUUAGUAUCAGAAGGAAAUCCAUUUACUUCGUUUUUUAACCUGUCUGAUGAUAAGGGUAUACUAAGACUCGCAAGGCCCGUUUCCGAGAUUCAAGCAAUAUCGCAUGUUGGAGCGCCCGUUAUUUUGACUGUAGUCGCUGAAGAAAUUCGCGUUGGGGCCGAUGAACCACCGGCGUUAUCUACAUCUGUUCAAAUUGCGUUACUUCCACCUCUUCCAACAGGAAACUCCGUCCGUUUCUCAAGUCGAUUAUUCACUACGGAUCUUGAUGAAAAUUCGCCACCGGGAACCAAGUUGAAGCUACCGAAUGCGGAAGUCAUUGGGGAACCUGGAGAGCUGUUCACCUUAGAAUUAAUGCAUAACAACGGCACGUUUGAUAUAUUGCCCAGCGUUAUUAAAGGAAGGGGAAAGUUUUCCAUAGCCGUGCGAGACUCUAGGCUGCUGGAUUAUGAAGAGGCUCACACCGUGCAUUGUGUCAUUGUAGCCAAGCAGUUGGGCAGCGAAAAUAAUUCUAUAUCGGCACCUCUGAUAGUAACACUCAAUGAUGUUAAUGAUAUUCCGCCCAGAUUUCACCAAUUGGAGUGGAGCUCGUCAAUCCUUGAAAGUGCCGAAAUCGGUACUAGUGUAUUAAAAGUUGAAGCCACGGAUGUAGAAACAAAAUCGGGAGAGCAUGUCAGAUACACACGUUUGAUAGGGCCAAACAACACGUUUUUUAAUUUAAAUGCCAAUACCGGUCUCGUAACAGUGGCAGAAAUGUUGGAUGCUGAAAGCAUAUCCAAAUUUGUAUUUACAGUGGAGGCUAUCGACGACGAUGGCAAAGGCCUUAAAGCAAACGCUUCUGUGGUUAUUGAAGUCAUCGAUGUUAAUGACGAAAUACCAAAAUUUGAAAAGAAGUUCUACGAAUUCAUUUUGGAUAAAAAUCGAAAACAUUUCACCUUUCCAGCGUUUAUCAAAGCCAUAGACUUAGAUUUAAUGCCACCGAAUAACGUGGUACACUAUGAACUUAUAACACCUGUCUCAAAUUUAACAUUAGACAAAAAUACAGGUGAACUAAGAGUAAAAACCACGUGGAAUCACAAUGAGAUGGUAAUUGUAGAAGCUCGAGCAUGGGACGAUGGAGUGCCUAGAUUGUCAGGCAAAUGUGAAAUUCGGAUUUACCCACCAGGAAGUCGUACGGCAACCAUCACGUUUAUUGUUCCAGGUCUUAAUCCCGAUCGACAGGAAAUUGAAACCACGUUACAGAAGUUAACAAAAUCUAAAGUUAUGGUUGAAGAUAUUCAUCCUUACAAAGAAAAUGAGGGCGAAGCACUGUCAAGUAGUCAAGUGGUUGCAACGGUUAUAUAUGGUCCCGAUACAAUAAUCGACAUUGCAAAAAUAGAAGAGGUCUAUCGCUCAAGGAGACGCGAGGAUAUAACUGAAGUGGCAGGUAUUGCGUGGCCGUGGUGGAUCCUUAUUGCAUUGGCUAUAAUUCUUUUAAUUAUAAUUAUUAUACUGAUUUGCUGUUGUAUAUGUGCGCCAUGUCCGUUGUAUAUUCCUCCCCGUAAACGAAAGACAGGAUCUGCAGAAGUAUCAAAGUUAAUUGUGCGCGGUUCUGGACACGGAUUUUCGAGUAAGUCCGUUCAAGUUGCGGAAUGGUUUGGUCGAAGAGAAGCUUGGACACCAGAUGGCGCUGUGGUUGAGAAUGAAGCUGAGUCAUUGCGACGCCAUGAGUUUGAAAGGGGAUCUGAACGAGGAGGAAAACGCGUUGUUCAUAAGACGCAGCUCAUCAAAGAUGAUCCCCGUGAACAGCUUUAUAUCAGAGAAGGCAAUACUGAUAUACUUAGAUUAAUUACUCGAGGCGGGGAACAACACAGACCUAACACAUUGGUUGAACAAUCGGUUGGGGAUGACAAUGGCAAAGAAAUUCUUAUGCGAAGAUUUAUUGAUCAACAGCAGAUGACAUCAAGGGCGCCUCCGGCAACCUUGCCCAACGAAAUUGCCCAGAACCAAAACGAGCACGAUCAACUGGAAGCUACUUUAAGAGAGCAGAACAAUUUAUUAAAACAAAUUCUUUUAGAACGGGAAAGAGAGGUUCGACUAGAAACACAAUCUUUACCCGCCGGUACACAAACAGACAGAGACGCGUUUACACAAACGGAACCUCGAUAUUUACGGCCUCCGAGGCGUUUAAUUAGGUCGGAUAAUGAUGCAAGCGAUGGAAGUGAAGAUGAAAGCUAUGGAACGAGGAAAAGGAGAACCUCGACAUACGCGACAGUACGAAAAAAAGACGGGCCGCCUUUUAAACGAAAAAUACGCACACCUAUUCAAGAAGAAUCGGAAAGUAACGUUGAAACUGCCGAAUUACAGGAAGCUUCUAAUAGAAGCGAUCUAGAUCGACUGCGGUUGCAAGUCAUCAAAGAACUCCUAAAUGAACGAUCUUCCAAAAAUAGGCCGACGCGAUCCGCGAUCCGUAAGGAGGUUUUAAAAGAAAUUGCGGCGUCCUUAAUGAAUUCAGACGAAAACGACAGCGAUCACGAAUACGAUGGACCAGUCGGUCAAACACACCUGUACCGACAUCUUUCCGAUGAUAGCCUUGACAAGGUCACCUACGUUAGAGGAACUGGUAAUAAAAAACCUACAGAGCCCCAGCGGUAUCACUCUGAGAAUGAUCUUCAAAACUUAGCAGAUAUAGAAAAUCUACAUAAGGGGCGUACAAUCAAAUCCGUAAGUCAGUCUGAUAUAAUUAAAAGAUCUAAAACGAGAACAAACCGAAAGAAAAUUGAAAACUUAAAGCCACGUUACAUGGAGUGGUACGAAAAAAUGCAACAAAACAACUCCGCUCGACUAGAAAAGGAAAAACCGGGAACUUCCGGUGUGAGCUCGAGGCAAGUGGCGAUGGAAGCUAAGAAUCAAAAACGGAAUAACCACACGACCGCAUCAGAGACCUCUAGUCAAAUAAGCAGCAAGAAUGGGCCGGAACAUCGAUUAAUCCAACAUUCUGCAAAUAGAUUCGAACCUCCGCCUUUGAGCAGACGAGAGGACGAUGCCGAUUCUGGCAUUGCUUUGGUACGGCCACCAAUGGCGGAAAAGAAGAGUGUAUUUUCGAUAGCGUACGCUGAUAUACAAAGGCAAACGCGUCAAUUAAGGCCGGAAAGCGGGACGCCUCCUACUUGAAAAAUUAGGAAUUAUAAGUAGGUACUCCAUUGGUUUAAUUCUUAUCCGAUAGGUAAAAUUCAACGAUGAACUAGUGUAAUAUGUCGUUAAAUCAAUGAAGUAGGCACUUUUAUUGUUAGUUGUAGGCAGUUACUCAAGGGUCAGGUUAUAUCUAGAGUAUAGUAUUUUGAUACAAAGACAUCGACGUUAUUUUUGCCAAGUUGCCAAUAAAAGGUGAUACCUAGUGAUUUUAAUUUUGUAAUGCGCGUGUUUUGAAACUCAAUGCUUUUGGAAUGAGGGUUACCAGUAAUUGGGGCUGUGACAGAAUAGUUUUUUUUUUAAAUCUAGUAUCUUGGGUUCAUACUGUUGAGCACGACAGAUAUUUGUAACGUGCUUGCAUA